AUGGCUAGCGGAGGAGGAGAGGAGCUUGAAAACCCCCCUGCAUCAUUUAAAUCGCAUGUAUGGGCGUAUUUCGGCUUCCCUGUCACAUACAAUGAUGAUGGACGAAGGGUGGUUGGUAAAACAAUUACGGUAUGUCGGCAUUGUGGCACGAGAAAGCCGUAUGAGAGUGGAAAUACAUCCAGCAUGGCAGCGCAUUUGAAGCGGCAUCAUCCUGGCAUGCUAGCUCCGGCGUCAGGAUCCAAGAUGAGUGCUGCACAUCAACCACUAAUCACAUCGGCAUUUAAACACCCUUUAGCAGCAGAAUCUGACAGGGCCAAAGCUAUAACAAACGCUAUCGGAGUAUUUAUAGCUGCAGACAUAAGGCCAUACUCCGUUGCGCAAAACAAGGGGUUUAAACAUCUGCUUAAUGUGCUUGAGCCACGUUAUGAAAUUCCCUCAUGCACCCACUUCAGUGAAAAGAUUGUGCCAAGUCUGUAUGAGCAGGAAAAGUUAAGAAUUGUUACGGAACUGUCCCAGGCUCCUUCUGUUGCGCUCACCACAGACAGGUGGACCUCCAGAGGAACAGAAAGUUAUAUAACUGUGACCGCUCACUAUAUCACAGAGAACUGGGAGAUGCGAAGCCCUGUGCUGCAGACACGCCCCCUCUAUGAGAGCCACACAAGCUCCAAUCUAGCGCAGGUACUGACAGAAGCCGUGGCAGAGUGGAAGAUAGAGAGACCCAAUACAAAUAUCCCAGUCACAACAAAUAAUGCUAAAAAUCAGAUAAAUGCAGUGAAUGAGGCAGGACUGGGUCUGCAAAUAGGGUGCUUUGCACAUGUGAUAAAUUUAGCAUCCCAAAAGGGAAUCAUAUUGAAUAAGAUGGACCGCAUCCUUGGGAGGAUUAGGAAGGUGGUUUCCUACUUUCACCGAAGCACAACAGCUGCACAUGUGCUUAAGACCAAGCAAGAAAUGUUACAGCUGCCUACUCAUAAACUCAUACAUGAUGUCACAACAAGGUGGAACUCCACUUAUGAUAUGAUGGAGCGUUAUCUUGAGCAGCAGGCAGCUAUAUACUCUGCAUUGACAUACAAGAGCCUAAAGAAAAAUGUUAAAGACAUUGUAACCUUGUCUGAUGAUGAUGUGAAAGUGGCUGAGGAGGUCCUCCAGGUGCUCAAACCCCUAAAAAUGGUUACAACUCUGUUAAGCACUGAAAGCAGACCAUCUGUCUCCAUGAUCCUACCUCUAAAAACAAGGAUUAUGCAAUCCAUGGCCCCUAGUGAGGAAGACAGUGCAAUCACAAGAGAUGUUAAGAUUGCCAUUAACGAGGACCUAAAGCCCAGAUACACUUCGCCCCCAACUCUGCAGGACUACCUUCACGGAUCUACUGCACUAGAUCCAAGGUUCAAGUCCCUGUCCCACCUAGACCCUGCCAUAUCCCAAAGGACAUACAAUGACCUCAUCAGUGAGAUCGGUAGAGUUGCAGAGCCAACCGGAGCAGGCUUGGACACACCUCCUCCACCAAAGAAGUCUGCCAUAGUGGAGCUUUUUGGAGAGACCUUUGCAAGCAAGAAUGUCAGUAAGACUUUUACUGACACCAUGAAAGAGGAGAUGACAUCCUACCAGACAGCAAGCGGCAUUCCAGUGAAUGAUGAUCCACUGACAUGGUGGUAA